AUGCCAAAAAGGCGCAACGAUGAUGAGUUGUCGAGGUCUGGUCCGGCAAAGCGACCGCACACGAUUGAAGCUGGAACUCCUGACCGUCUUUCCACCCUGAGCAACGAAGUCCUGCUCCAUAUCCUGUCAUUUCUACCUAUACCCUCCUUAAUAACCUGCCAACGACUAUCUCGUCGGUUUCAUGCCCUUGCCGGUGACUCGGAGCUCUGGAAGCGACAAUAUUUCUCGAAAUGGGUACGACCCCGCGCUCGCCGAUUAGCGAUUAGUCGACGGACCUCCUUUCCACUAUCGAAAACUGAAUACUCUCCUCGAGUGUCGACAUGGCUGGAUCAUGGCCAUCUAGAUCGGAGCGGGCGGAUUACAAAUUGGAAGCGACAGUAUCAUCUCAAGCACAACUGGUCAAAAGGCAUAUGUCGAGUGACCCAAAUUCACAGAAAGGACUUCGGGCAUGGUCGACGGAGAAGCCAGAAAUCUGCAAAGCAGAAAAUAAUUUCUCCAAUUUGCAUUCAUCAGCACCAACCGCAUUGA